AUGGAGGGCAUCCAGUUUCAAGAUUCUCUCGCAGUAAAUGCCAUUACUCUUGAAUGGGCUGACAGCAUCGACAAAAAGGUAUGUCAAGACUUUGUUGUCGGUGAAAGAACUCAGAUUGGCUCGGUACAGGAUUGGGCCAGAUUUCGAAGCAUCCUAGCACCAACCCUCUUGGUAUCGUCAAUUGAAUUCCGACCACAUGAUAUUUACAGCGUCAUGGGUCAACCGUGCUUCCCAGACAUGAAAGCUGAAGAAUUCACGGCCAUGCUGAGCGCUCCUACACAUGCAGGUCAUCCUCUGGUGCACGCUCAGCACUUACUGGGUGGUGCCAAGUAUGAGAAGGUUUCCGACUCGGAGAUUGUGGCUGUUCAUCAGAUUCUUGCUGCCCAUCAACACUACGUGGACAUUGAUCAGUCUAUAGUAGCUUACCAUGGCCAUAAUCAUGGCACCGUGAAGCAUCGGUAUAAGAAGAAUAACGGUGUCUGGAAGCUUGCGGGAGUGCAACCAGAAUCCUAUUGGCUUGAGCAUGACUUUGAUAAGAUCUUUGCCCCAUAG